AUGCAACUUCAGUUUACAGAUGAGGAAGCUGUCUAUCGAUUCUACAAGACUUAUGCAAUGAUGCACAGUUUCGCUGUGAGGUUGGAUGAAGUCAGACGUGAUAGCGAUGGUUCCGUAAUUAUGCGCCAAAUUGUUUACAAUCGGGCGGGCUCAAGAAAGGAAGAGGUUGAAAAGGACGAAAGAAUCAGGGACCACCGACCCCUAACUCGAAGUUGUUGCCCGGCUAGAAUUCGUGCAAGACUAGAUACAAAAAUUCAGCAAUGGAAGGUUGUUUCGUUCUACGAAGAGCACUCUCAUGAAUUAGUUGCUCCACUUGACGUUAGCAUGAUGCCUGAGUAUCGCACAUUCAGUGUCUCGGAUAAAGCUCAGGCGAAGAAUUUGCACGACAUAGGCAUCAGGACCUGUCACAUCUUGGGAUACUUGGCUGCUAAAAAAAGGAAGGAAAAUGUGAAGGGUGGUGAUGCAAAUGCUGCAAUAAGCUAUCUGAGAGGUAAAGCUGGGAACGAUUCUUAUUUCUUUGGCAAGUACACAUUAAGUAAUGAGAAUCGAUUGGAAAAUUUGUUCUGGGCUGAUGGGACUAGCCGCAUUGAUUAUGAGUGCUUUGGGGAUGUAUUGACAUUUGAUUCGACUUAA